AUGAACGAAGGUGAAGCGACAGUUACUAUGGCCCAAAUGCCACUGGUAUUGCUCAUUGGCGCCCAGAAGGCCGGCACCUCCGCCAUCGCUGAUUGGCUUUUUGACCACGGCGGAUUCAGUCGACCGAAUGUUUUUGAUGGGGAGCCUAGUUUUUACAGCAAGGAGGUGCACUUUUUCGACAUUGAUCAUCGCUAUUGCAAAGGACCAAUGUUUUAUGGCGAACGAUUUGAUGGCUGCGAUGGAGUUGAUGCAACACCAGAUACUUUGCAAUUUGCGGAAAGAGUUCACAAUUGCUACAAAGCUGCUGGUGGAAAUCAGAUGCGUUUGGUCAAGAUUAUGGUCAUUCUUCGCGAACCAAUUCUUCGGGAGCUAUCACUCUACAACCAUUUAGCACACGAUUGCCGCUUCUUGCCACUAUCAGAGAGGACUUCAUGGCAAGAACAGGUACUGGACGACGAUGGUGACAUCAUGUCGUUUGACGACUUUGUUGCCCAAGUAUCACUUCCUGGUCUGGCAACGAAAUCAGACUCUGGAAGAAGCUCUCGCCAUGGUCUCUAUGCCGCCCAUUUGAAUCAAUGGUUUGAGUUGUUUGACCGCUCUCAAAUUCUAGUUCUUAGCUACCAGGAACUACAAGAGAACCCAAGAAGUCUACAACAGCGGAUUCAGAAGUUCCUCGGUCGCGAAAUCCCUGGUGAAUUGAAACGAGCCAAUAGCAAUGAUCACGACCACAAAGUACGUUUGCCCUCCAAGAAAGCCUUGGCACUGCUGGUUGAUAUAUUCGAAUCGGAGAAUGAAAAGUUAUAUGGAUUGCUAGAGGCCAAUCCUGGUCCCUCCAUGGAGCAAAGACCUUUCUUGCGAUUUUCCAAGCCUAUUGCCGGAGAAUGA